UACGAUACGUCCUUUGUGGCCCUAAACGUAUACACGUAAGGGUAAUCUUUUCUUAGCUUCCUUUACAAAUUUAAAGUUAUGCAGUUUGAUUCUUCUAGUGUUAUUUAAUUUAGCACAGAUGUUGUUCAUAAUGAGGCUACUCUCCAUCAAUUGGUGCUCCUAUAAACAUUUAUCGGCCUCUAGUUACCACUAUCAGACUGAGUGUAAUACGGACCAGCCCGGUAUAUUCGCGUGUUAAACUAUUUUUGGCGCUCGCACUGUAUACGCGUUAAGUGCUAUCGACGUCACAACAGUGGUGGGGAUCUAAAGCGCUUGAGUGAAUUAAAUAGUGCGCCGUGAGACGGUUCAACAUCCACUUCCUAGGUGUCUCAGCGAGCGAGCACAGGAACAGCGACAACCACAGACAAAGAGAGAGAGAUACAUCGAGUUUUGUUUUUGUUUAUCCGUUUUUUAUUUCCGUUUCUCCUUCCUGAUACCAGUCACCGUUGUAUGGAGCGUGAAAAACCGUUACGAAAUCCUCUGCAGACGCUAGAUAUACCCAGCGUUGCGGUAGGACCUGCUGCGAACUCCGCAGACCAACAUGAAGGAAUCGGAAUUCCCCUCGUCGCUACUGAGGAAUCCUUCCGCGACUCGGGAGUGCCUCAAUUCGACGGGGUGGUCGAGAGGGCCUCAGCCUCACCCACGGUGGGCCGCUGGGGCUGCGAAUGGCCGAGUUGACUCGAAACAGUUGGAAGCUGUGGUCCAAGUCCGACCCUCUUAGGGUCUAGGGGUUCCCCUGAUGAAGGGGCUGAAUAUAAAGCAUCACCCCAAGCAACUACGCACUCCAUAGAUGACGGUUCCAUCGCUUACGAUCAGGUGUAUGGGUACUGGCCGCCGGCGCAUCCAUUACCUUUGCCAAGAUGGGCAGCUAAACCCGUCGAACCUUACAAGUUGCAAAUGAGAGAAUUUGAGGAUUUGGCUGGCGACAUUGAGAUGGAGCUGCGAAACCUAUUGGAAGAGCACAAUUACGAUACAGUUGGCAACUUUUUGGAGCUGUACCACAACUUCAAAAAAAGCCACAUGAGGAGUGCAAUUGAGUUCUUCCACAAAUAUACACCAAGAAUAACAGCAGAACAUCAUACCUGUGUGGGCCUGGCUCUGGAAUUGCGUCACAGGCUUAUCAAACUCGAACAGAAUUAUCCCGAUCUUAGGAAACAUCUCUACAUAGUAUCGUGCGAGGAAACGAUAGAUUCGGUGGAUGAAUACACCGCCUUGAAGGAUUCUUUCGAUAACGGCUUAUCCAUUUUGGAAAAGGAGCAUUGUCUUUUAUGUCUCAAGUUCGAAAUUAAUGGCAGGAAUGGUGUGCUACUUUGCGAUCCUGGAUAUCACGUAGCUAGAGUUGUAACCGUCAUGGCCGACAAAGGUUAUCCUCACACCGGAUGGUUCAUUCAGUCUGAAGAAAACAACAUCAGGAAAGAGUACAACUACUCAUUGUGUGGUUUGAAAGAUACGUUCGUCCAAUGGGACGAGAGAACAAUGAAAAACGGCGUUCAAGAGACCUUCACUGGUAUCAUAUAUGUGGAGAGACCUUAUUUGACAGCUGUUGAUGUUACCGAAAGAAGAAAUCUUACUUAUACUUUCAGGAGUCUUUUAUCUAGAGAUCAGAAAGGUAAUCUAGUUGCGGGCGUUUACUUCAAGGUCAAACCUAAGAUCGACGAAUUUACGAUAUUUUAUCAAGAUAUGGGCAAACAAAGGAUGAAGAUAACAUUUUCUUCUCUUACAGAGCCAGAGAUUAACGAAGACACUUUCAGGAAAAUCUCAAUAGCCAAUGAUCAACUGAGGAUGGCUAAAGGAAAACUACUUCAUUUAUUACAACAGUGCGGUGAACUACUCAGGGAUGAGCAUUACCUGCGGGAGACAUUGGCAGUUGAAAAUCUUAUCAACGUCAUGUCAGAAAACAACUAAUUAUUUCAAAAUAUAUGCUUUUGUCGUGCUAUUUUCAUUUUCUUUGCAUGCUACUUAACCGUCUUCUUAUUUUAUCUAGUAUUCUAUUCUUGGUGUUAGUGCGUAUUUAUUUCUAACCUCUUUUAAUCGUAUUUGCAUAUUUCUAUGUCAAAUAGAACACCUUGUAUAAAACAUACAUUUCUAUAUAAAAAUCUAGAUA